GGAAACUCCUCUCACAUUCUCGGACUGAUAUACGCACUUCCUGUGUGGCCGAUCUGGGCUGAGCUGACAGACAGAGGGACAGAGUGACCAUGAUACUGAAGCGGUGGCAGCUGAUUUUGGCUGUGGAAUACAUCUUUAUAUGUAUCUCCAGCCAUUCCUUUCCUCAGAAGAGACGCUGUGCAUUCCAAGUGACUCCCCAGAACAACAAAUACACAACUGCUGGCAACGUGAGUGAGUCAGUGCAGCUCUGUGAAAACACCCAAUGCUGUGUGGGCUAUUUUCUGAUCAUCAAUGGCCAGCCAGAGGUUGACGUUCUCGCUUGUGAUAUAGUCGAAAAGUCUUGCCCAGAUGCAAUCUGCAGGGCACAAACACGCUUCAACGGCCUCUUCACUAAGUGCGUAUGCAACACAGACCUCUGCAACAGCAACAUCACUUGGACCACACAGUCGGACGAGCUUCGACUCCACUACUCUUACUCUGUGGAUGAAAUAGCGAAAACAACUGUAGUAAUUCUGAUAGGAUUCUUGCUCGUCCUGUGCUUCAUGAUCUUUGCUGCCAAAUGGAGACGCCUCUUUAAAAAGAAAAAGAGUCCACCCUCCCUUGACAGUGUCUCAGCACCAUGUUCCUGCCAAACCUCAAAAACCUCUGAGAUUGACAUUGCUAACAUUGAACUACAGCAGAUUGUGGGCCAUGGGCAUUUUGCAACUGUUUGGCAGGGGAAAUAUCAGGGAUCAAUGGUGGCCGUGAAAGUUUUCCCUGCAGGCUGGAAACAUAUAUUUACUGCAGAGAAGGAGGUUUAUGAGCUACCACUGAUGAAGCAUGCUGGGAUUGUUGACUUCCUGGGCACUGGGUGGAAACCGGAUGGAGGCAGUUGGCUCAUUGUCCUGCAAUUUGCUGAAAAUGGUUCUCUCAACUCCUUUCUGUGUAAACACACCAUCAGCUGGAUGUGGUCAUUGAAGCUGUGCCAGUCUUUAUCUCAGGGACUUUCAUAUCUCCACUCUGAACUUCACAGACAUGAUGUGCAUAAACCUCCUGUGGCCCACAGGGACUUCAGCAGCGCUAAUGUGAUUGUGAAAGCAGAUGGUACCUGUGCCAUAUGUGAUUUUGGAUGCUCUACAAUCCUGCGUUCUUGUGCAGGAUCUCACCGCUGGCAGAGCCACACAACAAACAUAGAGGGUCGUGCUCAGUUGGGAACGCUGCGCUACAUGUCCCCUGAGAUCCUGGAAGGCUCUGUAAACCUAAGCAACACCAGGUGUCUCUUGCAGGGGGACAUCUAUGCUUUGGGACUGCUGCUGUGGGAGAUCUGGAUGCGCUGCUCUGAUUUAUUUGAAGGCGGUACUGUUCCACCGCAUCUGUUGCCUUAUGAAUCUGAGCUGGGAGCCAAUGUAACACUGGAGAGCCUCAUCCUGUAUGUGUUUCACAUGGACAAGAGACCUGCCAUACCUAAACAAUGGGAACUGCUACCACAGGGAUCUGUGCUGCAGCAGCUCCUGACAGAUUGUUGGGACUGUGACCCCGAGGCACGACUGACUGCUCAGUGUGUUGUGAACAGACUAGACUCUCUUCAGUCAUGUCAGUCUCCAUGACUUGUUUUGUUGCAAUCUACAAAUCAAGUAUUUGCACUGUUCUCUUUGUGUCACUGCUGUUUAGCUUUUCAGUAUAUUUUCACAAUUUUGUACUGUAUAGGUAGCCUCAUGCCAUGGACAUGUUUCCAUUAACCUUUCUAUUAGAUUAGUUACAGGUACAGGUAUAUUAUGGAAAAAUUGAAAUGUGUGUCCAUAAUGGACAAAUUUUUUCUGAGAAAGAACAAAAAGAAAUGUUAUUCUUUCACUCUCAGCAGGAGGGAUGUUCUUUAUAUUGCUUUAUAUAUAUAUGAUUUUGGUUUUGCAUUUUUAUAACAACUGUUGUUACAGUGGUACUUAUCGUAUGUGUAAAACACUACUUGGCAAUAAAGCUCCUACUGAUCUGA